AUGGCUGUCGGCAAGAACAAGCGUCUUUCAAAGGGCAAGAAGGGUCUCAAGAAGAAGACCGACACCUUCGCGAAGAAGGACUGGUACAACGUCAAGGCUCCUGGCACUUUCCAGGUCCGAGACGUCGGCAAGACCCUCGUCAACCGUACCUCCGGUCUCAAGAACGCCAACGAUGCGCUGAAGGGCCGGAUAUUCGAGGUUUCCCUCGCGGACCUCCAGAAGGACGAGGAUCACGCUUUCCGUAAGGUCAAGCUCCGCGUCGACGAGGUCCAGGGCAAGAACUGCCUGACCAACUUCCACGGCCUCGACUUCACCUCCGACAAGCUCCGCUCGCUCGUCCGCAAGUGGCAAUCCCUCAUCGAGGCCAACGUCGUCGUCAAGACCACUGAUGACUACCUCGUCCGCCUCUUCGCUAUCGCCUUCACCAAGCGACGACCCAACCAGAUCAAGAAGACCACCUACGCCGCUUCGUCGCAGAUCAGGCAGAUUCGCAAGAAGAUGACUGAGAUCAUGACCCGUGAGGCCAGCUCGUGCUCCCUCGCUCAGCUCACCCAGAAGCUCAUCCCCGAGGUCAUCGGCCGCGAGAUUGAGAAGGCAACCCAGGGCAUCUACCCUCUCCAGAACAUCCACGUCCGCAAGCUUAAGCUUCUCAAGCAGCCCAAGUUUGACCUUGGUGCCCUACUCGGUCUCCACGGCGAGUCAAGCCAGGACGACUCGGGUCAGAAGGUUGAGCGGGAGUUCAAGGAGACGGUGCUUGAGGAGGUGUAA